GACCUCGAAAUUAUCCGAUUUAACCGCAAAUCUAAUUCCUUCCCUCAAGGAAAAGAUUCAACUCAAGGAUGAAAAAUUAAACACGGUGAUACGAGAAUUAAAUAUUUCCAACUCUCUUAACGACGCAUUAUCGAAGAAGAUCGAAUUUUACAUGAAAGAUACGGAGGAAUAUAAAAAGCAGAUUGACGACUUGACCCAAGACAACAAAGAAUUACACGAACAAGUUAAAGAUUUGAUGUUCUUUUUAGACAGUCAAGAAAAAUUUAAGGAUGAAUCAGAUGAAAUUAAGAAUGGAACAAUUGUUGUUCAACCAUCUGCGAGAACAGGUGCCAAAAAGACGAAGAAGAAAUGUAAAUAACCUUCUUUGCAUGACACGCCUGUGGUGUAAUAUUAUGGGAUUAAUAAUGGCAAUAUUUUAUGCAAGUUUAAGUAAACAAGAUCAUACUAAUAAUUUCCUAGAAAUUUUUCUUUUUGGGCCACACUAAAUUGCUAAGGGCAUAACAAUAGGGGUUUUCUAAGAUUUAAAAUAAAACUCAAGAUUGAGAGACCAAUUAUGAAAAAUUAAGAUCUAAGGCAUAUCAUAGAAAACUCGGUUUUCAUAUUUAAAUAAACCUAAAUCUUCCUAUUCAAACAAUCUUAAUUUUGACAUUAAUUUGUUAGCAUUAUGAAUGGUUAUAGCAAAGAUUCGGGUGUGACUACAAGGUUACCAUCAUUCCAACAAUUAAUGAAGGGGUUUCAAGAUUCGGAAUCACCCAAUAAUACUACCACGAUUAUAACCCAGCACCUUCAACCCCAGCCGGUUCAAGCGCAACGAUUAAUUCAGUAUUCUCCAGGCAAACUUACUCCUACUGCAACUACGUUUGGCAACUAUACUUUAAAUCCAGAAUAUCCUUAUCAUCAUCAUCAACAUCAUUAUGAUAAUAGCUAUCCCCAGUACCCAUAUCCUCCAGGUCCCAGUAGUGUCAAGUCUGCUCGCGCAUCUCCCAUGAAUAGAGGUCGUUCCUUGAGCUUUUCAUACCCUCAGGGAACAUCACCAAUACAAGAUAUACUUGAGCUGGGAAUUAUUUGCAAUGAGUAUCAAUUUAUUUCAAAUUUGAUUCAGUUUUUGAUUGAAUUUGAAAAGAAGUGCCAUGACUUCAAGUUGAACUAUACGAAUAAUCCUAAUGACUUAUCGCUUAUUUCAGAGAAGAUUUUGACUGAUUUUGACGACUUGGAUGAUGCAUUACAUAAUUGCAACCGGGUAGUUAAGAUGCUUGAAAAUAUAAAAAUAUUGAAUGAGAAAACGAGAGUUAAGCGAAGCAACACCUCUAAACGUAUUGACAAGAGAAAGCUUAAGAAGAAGUCUAAAACAGGUUCAGAUGGUGGCAGCGAUCUUGGGCUUGAGAUUAAUGUUGCUGCCACGGCUAAUCAUGACCAAGUUAAUAUAGGAGGCUUGAAUCCCGAGCUUAGUAUAAAACCUGAAAUUACUUGUCAACACUGUUGUUCCCAAGAGACACCCGAAUGGCGCCGUGGUCCAGAAGGGAGUAGAACUUUGUGUAAUGCUUGUGGAUUAUUUUAUUCCAAAUUGAUUAAAAAAUACGGAUUACAAGAGGCGGAUAAGGUUAUGUAUCAACGUAAACAAACCGGCACGGUUAACGAUAGAAGAAUUUUUUAACUCAAAGUAGUAGCAGUAGUAUAUAUUCAUUGUAUAAGUUUAUUGUAUUUUCCUGGCUGUAAUUGCAAGUCGGUCGUGGUAUAAUAAUAA